AUGGAGUUCAGUUUUUAUGCCAACGGGACUGAUCCUGACCACGAUGCUCGAAACAAGUCAGCCUCAAUUCCCCCAAGACUACCGGCCCUUAUAAUUAGAGCCCAGUCUACUGGUGGUCCGAAGACAGGUGCAGAGUUGCGCUACAGUUUUCUCCCAAAAACGGAGCUACCAAGCGAGUUUCAGGAGAUAAAUGGACCAAAAAGUAGCCACAGCUUAAAUAUUGCGUAUACGAUGGUGAGAAGGAGUCUAUGCCUGGAAAGCUAG